AUGGAAAACGCGUGUGCGCCCUGCGCCAGGGCAAAGCGGAAAUGCGAGAGACAGGCGCCGCAGUGUGCGCGAUGCCAUAGACGAGGGAUCGAAUGCAUCUAUCCACCUGCAAAACAGACGCCGUUCAUCUUACGCAAAGAUGAUUAUUCGUCAACUUAUAGCCAUGGUAGUACCUCGUAUAAUAGACUCGCAGACAAUACACCCGGCUCUGAGCUCUCGCCCUAUUCUUACAGCAAGUCGUCAUUACAGCUACCAGAAAUAGAUGGAUUCCAUGACUGCAUCACUAGUCCUGAAAUUCAGUCGUUUUCGAAUUGGGCAUACACAUUCCCAUCCACAGGUGGUCUUAGUUCUCUUACAUUUUCCGCAGGUCGGCCGGUACUCAGUGAGCAAUUAGUGUCUUACGUCGCAAUGCUUCACACAUGGCUUGAGCAGUGGGUGUACCAGGGAAGCAACCCAUUCAUCCAUGCUUUUCUCUACAAGGCACGAAUGCCUUUAUGUAUGCAGGAUGCUUAUACGACUUUAUCAUCGUAUAUCCUCAAGAAACCCACCAAUGAGCAUAUGAUAUUCCGCAUUCUUGAGGAACGAGUUCGGCGGCUGGUAGCUACUCAGGGUCUUGAGGACUGGCCUGAGAAAAAUCAAAAUAAUUUGCAUUCAAUCGAUCAUUUAGCUAGGGUACAGGCUCUGCUGAUAUAUCUAAUAAUGGGACUCUUUGAUGGUGAUAUCCGUCUCCGUCAUUUUGCGGAAAGCCAGAUGCCGGUUCUUGAUAAAUGGACAGAAGAAAUGAUUGAUCAUGCUAACCAGAUGCUGUCCGCUGGUGCUGACUUAGCACCGAAUGGGCCGAUUGCUAGUCGGUUGAACGUUCAGGAUAUUUACGAUCGUGAAAACCUCAAUUGGCAUUGUUGGGUAGUCGCUGAAAGUACACAACGUACGUGGAUGAUGGCAGCUGGGAUUCAAGCUGUUUACUCAAUGAUGCAACUGGGUCAGGUGCCUCAAUGUACUGGCUCCAUGGUAGUCACCACAGGGCCCGGGGUCUGGGAGGCUUCAUCCGCUGUGACCUGGACUAGACUAUACCUGGAGACAAAGUUGGGCAUUGUGAGAAUAUCAGAGGCAGAGCGACUGUUCGUGGAAGCAGCACCGGAAGAAGUUAAUGAAUUUACAAAGGUGUUUCUGGAAGCGACGUUCGGUAAGGAUCGGAUGGAGAGGUGGUCGCAAACCGGAAACAUGAUUGGAUCUUGA